AUGGCAUCUACCUCAACAGAGCACUCCAAGGAAGUUGCAAAAGCCGCGAAAGCAGCAUUUGAGCAAUCACAGCUCAUCCCAUCAUCUGAACGGAUCAGUGCUCUCCAAGCUGUUCAUGCGCAACUGAAGGCUCAAAAGGCAGAAAUUCUUCUCGCCAAUGAGGAGGAUUUGAAGGCCGCUCGAACGGAAGUCGCGGCUGGCAGGAUGUCCGACUCACUUCUCAAAAGAUUAGAUUUGACACAGGGUGAUAAAUGGGAGUCUAUGCUGCAGGGCAUCCUGGAUGUUGCAUCAUUGCCUGAUCCAACGGGUACCGUAACAUACGCGAGAGAACUCGACGAUGACCUGGAACUUUACCGAGUUGCGUGUCCCAUUGGCGUCCUACUAGUGAUUUUUGAAGCACGACCUGAAGUCGUUGUAAACAUCGCAACAUUGGCGAUCAAGUCUGGGAACGCCGCAAUUCUGAAGGGAGGGAAGGAAUCACACCGGACGACGGGAUUGCUGUCAAAAGCGAUAUCUGCCGGACUGGCUCAGACAGCUCUGUCGGAAACGUACAUACAGACAGUACAGACAAGGGAUGAAGUAUCCUCGCUGCUCGAACUGGACCAGUACAUCGAUCUGGUGAUUCCGCGAGGUAGCAACAGCCUUGUCAAAAGUAUCCAAAACAGCACUAGGAUCCCUGUCAUGGGGCAUGCUGACGGGCUUUGCUCCGUAUAUCUGGAUGAAAGUGCUGAUGCCGAGAAAGCUGUUCGAGUGGUGAUCGAUUCAAAAACCAAUUACCCAUCUGCGUGCAACUCGGCAGAAACUUUGAUUGUACACGAGUCCUUGCUAACCACAGUAUGGCCUGUCGUGGCCAGGGCACUGUUGGAUGCCAAGGUUCAGCUACUUUGUGAUGAAGUAACUCUCAACGCGUUGAAGGGUCUUUCCCCUCCCCUAGAAAACCUGGAUUCUCGCGUGCGACCGGCUACCCCAAGCUCCUACACCACUGAACAUUUAUCCCUCACUAUCUCUGUCACAUCAAUCCCUUCCCUACAAGCUGCUAUCCAGUUCAUAAACUCCCACUCUUCACAUCACACGGAUGCUAUCGUAACUGAAUCCGACGAGUCUGCAUCAAUAUUCUGCCGCGGGGUGGACUCUGCUGGUACAUUCGUCAACGCAAGUACACGCUUUGCGGAUGGUUUCCGGUAUGGUUUUGGUACGGAAGUUGGCAUCAGCACAGGGCGGAUUCACGCGCGGGGACCGGUAGGCUUAGAGGGGCUGGUCAUCUACAAAUAUAUGAUGAAGAGCAAGGACAAGAAGGGCCACAUCGUCAGCGAAUUUGGAACAGGAAAAAAACAGUACAAACACAACCCGAUAAUCGCUGAGACGGUUCCUUUUUAA